AUGUUGACUACACCUGCUGUGGUGGUGCAACAGAAAUCGCCUCAAGGCUUCUUCAAACUCAACUGGGACGUUUCUCUUAAUGUGAAGCGGCAACAAAUGGGAAUGGGGAUUGCAGUCCAGGAUCAUGAUGAUGGCUUGUUGGCCUCCUUUCGUGCUACAAUGGAGAAAAAUGCACAAAGUUCAAAUGCCAAUGUUGGUGAUACAUCAUCGCCAACUUCUGAUAUCCCAAUUUAUGAAAAUUCUCCUAAAAAACCUCGGAGAGUUGAUGCCAAUCAAUUUGAUAUUAGUUCAUUGGAGUAUGAUCCUGGAUUGCGUCGUCAGAUAUGGGAUAAUGAUGUUAAUCAACGAGAUGAAAUUCGAAGAGCUUACAUUAAAGCUGGUCCGUACCGACGUAAUAUCUCAAAGUACCCAAAAUCUGGACAAGCAAAUCACCUUCGUAGCUUUCAACCUUCGUGGUUCCUGCUAUUUCCUACAUGGCUUGAAUAUUCACCUGAUAAAGAUGCACCUUUUUGUCUUCCAUGCUUCCUCUUUAGUAAGCCAUCGGGGCAUCCUACGCAACGUGUAUUCACUAUAGAUGGAUUUAAGAAUUGGAAGAGAGUUAGAGAUGGAAAACAUUGUGCAUUUCUCAAUCAUAUAGGGAAAGAUCCUAAUUCAUUUCACAUAAUUGCUGAGAGGUCAUAUGAAGACUUGAAGAACCAAUCUCAACAUAUACAAAAUGUGUUUGAAAAAGCCACUUCUGAACAAAUUGCAAACAAUCGACUGCAGUUGAAAGCCUCAAUUGAUGCUGUUCGAAUGCUUGCAUUUCAAGGUGUUGCUUUUAGAGGUUGGGAUGAAAGUGUGAGUUCAAAGAAUCAUGGAAAUUUUCUUGAAAUAUUAGAUUUGACGGUUUCAUAUAAUGAACAGAUUGCUGAAGUGAUAGUUAAAGUUCCAAAGAAUGCCUCUUACACAUCACCAACGAUACAAAAAGAAAUUUUACAUGUUUUUUCAACCAAAGUGAAAGAGGCAAUCCGUGAUGAAAUUGGUGAUGCAAGGUUUUGCAUAAUUGUUGAUGAAGCUCGUGAUGAGUCAAUGAAAGAGCAAAUGGCUAUAGUUUUAAGAUUUGUUGACAAAAAUGGCUUCGUGCAAGAACAUUUUUUUGGGCUUGUUCAUGGAAACGACGGUGCAAGUAACAUGCGAGGUGAGUUGAAUGGGUUACAAGCUUUGGUUUCAAAUGAUUGUCCAUAUGCCUACUACAUUCAUUGUUUUGCACAUCGUUUGCAAUUGGCAUUAGUUGCAGCAUCAAAAGAAGUUAUUUCCAUUCAUCAAUUUUUUACCAAUUUGAGUUCUAUUGUCAAUAUUGUUUGUGCUUCAUGCAAUCGAUUUGAAGAAUUGUGGGUUGCUCAAGCUGCUGAAAAUCCUUACAUGAUUGAAAUUGAUGAGAUUGAGACUGGAAGGGGACUUAAUCAAAUUAGUACUUUACAACGGGCUGCAGAUACUCGUUAG